UUGAAUCACCAUCGACCACGAUGAUGAUGAUGAAGCCAAAAUAUUUGAAUCGCCAUUGUGAUUUUGAAAAUAUUCCAGCACGUGGUUGCCAUCUAAGAGAAUCAUAUUGUAGUCUACAUACCUGUAUUUGUAAACCAGAUUUUCCAAUCAAUAUUGAUGAUCGUUUAUGUUUGGCUAGAUUAAAAUCCAUUGGUGAUCAAUGUGAAUAUAAUCAAGAAUGUCAAAAUGGAAGUAUUUGCGCUAAUGAUGGAACAAAAACAAAAAUGAAAAUUUGUCGCUGCAAAAUUGGCUAUGUUUAUUCGGCAAAAAAUCGACAAUGUAUAAAAGGAUUAAAAGGUGCCAAUUGUACGAAUGAUGACGACUGUUUUGGUGAUAAUUUAUUCUGCAGUAUGGUAUCAUGUGAAUGUAAAUAUGGUUAUCAAUGGUCUAGUGAUGAAGAAAAUUGUUUAAAACGUUCGAAAUUUGGUGAAUUAUGUGAUACAUCAAUUAAUUGUAAAGUAUAUGAUGAAUUUAGUGAAUGUGAUUUACAUACAAAACGUUGUGUAUGUGGUGAAUUUCUUUCGAGAAAAUAUACACUAGAUGAAUUGACUAGACGUUGUAUUAGUUGCCCAAUGAAUCGUUUGAAUCAUACAUCCAAUACAUGUUUACCGGAAAAGACUACCGUUGAAUAUAGCCUAUUGGAUCGUACAGCUGAUGAAAGGAAAUCAUUGCAAUAUGGUAUCUAUAUUGCAUUGAGUAUGGCACCAUUUUUUAUAUUUGCAUUGAUUGGUUUCAUUUAUCGUUAUGUUAAUCCAUAUGGAACAUUGGAACCAGAAACAAUGGAUCAUUGUGCAUCAAGAAUAAUUGAUGAAAAUGGUCAUGGAUCCAACACCACCACCACCACCACCACCACAACAUCAACAAUCAUACAGCUGAUGAUUUGAUUUCGCCUUCA